UCCAGGCUGUAUGAACUGCACUCGGGAAGGUAGGAGAUUUGGUCAAUUUAAGGUACUUGCCGGGCUGUCAAGUUCAGGUUGAGGUACGGUUGGAAUACGUGCGACACCUGGUGCUUUGUUACGACGGAGCUGUGUGGACCAAGAACAUGUCGGUGAAUACUCGUCAAACCCUCUGGUCCUUCCAAAGGUUCUGCAGACCUCAUUAGACUCUGAGGCUUUAACCGGGAGUUCGAUGAAACCAAAGCAACCGAACGCAGAUAAGUUCUGCAUCCCCUGUUUCUAUUGGAGGGAUUUCACGGAUUGUUGACGGUUAUCGGUUAGACGUUUAUUUGCAUUCCUUCAAAAAAGGCGCUAUCUUGAUCAAUCUUGAUCAUUUUGUCAGUAUAAGAUCUGAUCUAUUCAUUCUAUCUCCAUUAUCUAAUUCUACCUGAUAGUGUACAGCUGUUCUACCUCAGAAACGACAGGGUGUUUUUGACUUCUCUAUCACUGUGGACGGGUCUGUUCGACGGUAAAGGAUGAUGUGGAGUCUCCGGUUCGUACUUGUAGUUGUGAACAGGGCUGGUGUGUGUGUGUGUGUGUGUGUGUGUGUGUGUGUGUGUGUGUGUGUGUGUGUGUGUGUGUGUGUGUGUGUGUGUGUGUGUGUGUGUGUGUGUGUGUGUGUGUGUGUGUGUGUGUGUGUGUGUGUGUGUGUGUGUGUGUGUGUGUGUGUGUUCCUGCAGGAGAAGGAGGAGGUGAAGCCAUGACUGGAAGCAGGAGAAUGUCUGCCUCCUGCAUGUUCCUCACAGGGCUAGUCGCAGUGCUGCUGAUGCCUGAUUUAUCGUCCGCAGGGCCUAUUGGAACCAAGACCAAGAGAGAAGCGGGAGCUAGUGUCCAGGAGAGGGCCGCAGAGCUGGCCUCCAGCAGACAGCUGGUGAGGAACAGGAGGAACAUCAGCUGGUACAAGCAGCACGCCGACUUCUGGAGCUGGUACAAGUACUUCACCGACAACGGGAACCAAGAGGCGGUGCAAGAGCUGGACCGGAUCUACCUGGCCUACCUGCAGAACAAGAACCGCGCCGAGGGCCGGCGGUCCUACAAGGCCUACCUCAGCCACCUGGGGGACAUCUACAAGUCCUGCGCCGACUCCGAGGACCCCAAGUGCGUGGCGACCCACACCACGCGGCCCGCCCCCGAGCCCCCCAAGCCGGCCCCCGUCAAGACCUGCGACCCCACCAAGGACGCCCACUGCCUGUACGCCGCGCUGAUGCAGGGCAAGAGCCCCUACCUGCCCCUGGUGCUGCCCGCCGCCAAGGCCGCCGCCGCCGCCCCCGCCGCCCCCGCCCCGGUCUACGCCCGCGGCCCCGCCCCCGCCAAGAACCCCCGGUCCGGGUACUACUACUACUCCCCGUCCGUGCAGCCCUUCCUGACUAAGGAGCAGAAGGCGGAGCUUCUGCGCAUCUGCUCCCCGGAGGACGUGGAGUGCCUGCAGUACCACCUGAAGGCCGCCUUCGGGUACAAGCCCGCCGCCGGGCCCCUGCCCUCCUACGCCCACCUGGGCUGCGACCCCAAGAAAGACCCCGGCUGCCAGCCCCAGCUGGUGCAGAAGGCGCCCUCUGGGGUCUACCUGAAGUACCCCAACUGUGACCCCCUCCGGGACCCCCGAUGUGCCUACGAAGCCGCCCUCUCGGCGCCCCGUGCCCCCAACCCCCCCGCCCGCGCCGGCCCUGGGUCCUGCAACCCCCUGACGGAGGAGGGCUGCAACCCCCUCACCGCCACCAAGUUCGCCAGCCCGCCGGAGAAGUACGGGGGUGAGCAGCAGGAGGACGCCGCCGCCGCCGCCGCCAUCCGCGCCGCCCCGGCGGAGCAGCGCAGCGACCCCUACGCCGUGUUCAGGGACGCCUUCGCCCACGCGCACGCCAACAGAGCCCCCGACCCGUACGCCGCGUACCGUCAGGCUAGCGGCCAGGCCGCCGCGGCGCAGGCUAACGACCCCUACGCCAUGUACCGCCGGGCGCCCCCUCAGGCUAACGACCCUUAUGCUAUGUACCGUCAGGCUAGCGCCCAAGAUAACGACCCGUACGCCAUGUACCGCGGCCAAGCCCCGACCCAGGCUCCGGCUAACGACCCCUACGCCAUGUACCGCCAAGCUAGCGCUGCCUCACAGGAGAACGACCCCUACGCCAUGUACCGCCAGGCUUCCGCGCAAGACAACGACCCGUACGCGAUGUACCGCGGCCAGGCCCCCACCGAGCCCCCGGCUAACGACCCCUACGCCAUGCUGCGCAAGCUCAUGUCUCGAGCCCAGUCCAACGACCCCCACGCCCCGCGCACCGGCGCCGCCGCCGCCCCGGAGGCCGACGCUAACGACCCCUUUGCCGCUCUCCGCGAGGCGUCUCGCCGCGCCCAGGGCCCGUACGGCGCCCGGCAGAGCGCCCCCGCCCAGCCGGAGCAGCAGCAGCACCCCCUGGGGCCCCCCGGGAAGACCAGGGAGGGCUACGACUGCUACAUCGGCUACGAUCGCGAGUGCUACGCGGUGAAGGCCGCCGAGCCGCGCGCCGGCCCCGGGCCCCGCCCCCACCCGGCCGAGCCCUACGAGCCCCACCUCAACGCCGACGGCUCCCGCAACGGCGUCAUGGAGCCCAGCAACCCCGACUGCGACCCGGAGUACGACCGGGACUGCCGACUGCGCCGCUACGAGCCGCGGCCGGAGGCGGAGCCUGAGGCCCAGCCGGAGGCGACGCAGCACGCGGAGGAGGAGGAGGAGAGCUACCGCCAGGGGGCGACAGAGAGCGAGCUGGAGCCCUACCAGAGCGGGCAGGAGGAGCCCUACAUGCCCUACCCCCAGCAGCAGGCCCCCCAGGGCAUGCCCAACUUCCAGGACAUGUUGAGGGGCUACGGCGACCAGUUUGCCGAGCGCGGAGACCACCGGGCAUACGCAGACGACUACCGCCAGAAAUAAACACACACGAUAGUUUUAAAGGAUUGGACACAAAAGCACAUGCAGUCCCGUUCAUAGAAUGCCGUGACGUGGGUGCGUCUAUCGCCGUCCAGUCUGACCGGAUUUGGGACACAGCGGAAGAGUGGGUAGACUAGGGAGUCUGAGCGAAACACACACCGCUACGUCGUACUCGAUACAUCGUAUGCAACAAGCAAACGUGUACAGAUGCAAGCAUUCGGCGCAAAACCGAAAUGAACACUCAAGAACAUACAAACAUGAAUGUGUACACAUCACUCAACGCAACUCACUCAAAUGCACCUGACAGGCCUGCAUACAUGUACAUACGCCUGUCGUCUGAAGACUCUUCAAACUCAUUCUUCUUCCUCCGCUGGAAUAUAUAGUAAGCCCGCAAUCACCCUCAGCUUCACUUUUCCACUUUUCAGUAAAAAAAAGUGUUUGUAGUUAUAGAUCGAUGAUGGAAUUACUUAAAGAUGUUUUGUUUGUAUUGUUUUUUUCCACUUUGAAUGUUUUAAUAAAAGCUUUAGACAAUG